AUGUCCAGCUCCGAGGACCUGCUCAGCCUUCAGCCGUUCCAGCCCGGCAUCCCCACAGGCUUCGCAUCGGCUGCAGAUAUCAAGAACGCCUACGACAGAGCCCGGCUAAUCUGCCAGCACCACGCACUCUCCCUACAGGACAUCCUCACACUUUCACCCAAGUUUUGGCAUUUCCACCUCGACACCAUCCACGCUGCAGCCAACAACUGUUUGGUGCUACUGACCACCCACCUGAACCUCUGCAUCGGUACUUUGGGCUCCUACCUGAAGGAUAGGCCUGACCUCGCGCCGCUUAUCGAAAAGCUCCUGAAGUUUGAAAUCAAUGGCCAAUAUCUGCUCACCGAAGUUGGCUGGGGUGUCGACGCCGACGAGCUGAAGACGACGGCAACCAUGCAGCCUGAUGGCACUUUCGACCUCCACACUCCCUAUCAGCAGGCCGCAAAGUUCAUGUCACCAACCACGCCCGAUGCUGGAAUGCCGAGCGGUGCCAUCAUCUUUGCACGCCUGAUUGUCGACGCCGAGGACCGAGGUGUCCGGCCUUUCUGGGUACUACUCCACGACAGCGAGCAGAUGGAAGAAGGCGUCAUCUCCUACGCCCUGCCCAAACGCGCCGGGACCCAGCCCACCGACCACGCAGUCACAUUCUUCAACCACAAGAGACUAGCCAAACACUCCUUACUCGGCUCCCUAGAAAAGCCCACGGACCCCGCCGCCCACUUCGCCCAGAUCGUCUCCCGCGCCAGCAUCGGCACCCUCUCUAUCUCCACCGUCAACGUCCCCUGCCUGAAACUCUGCACCUACAUCGCCGCCAAAUACUCCGCCCGCCGCACCGUCACCGGCCCCGCCCCCAACCCCACCCAAACACCCAUCCUCACCUACCGCACCCAACACGGCCCCAUCCUCCACGCCCUCGCCCAAUCCCUCGUCUGGACCGCCGCCUCUCACCACACCGCCGCCCUCUUCUCCGCCGCGACCACCCCGCCCGCCCUCAAACCCGCCCUCGCCAUCCCCUUCAAAACCGCCAUCCAGCACCAAACCCAAGCCACGCUCGGCCUCCUCUCCGCCCGCUGCGGCGCCCAGGGCCUCUACGAGCACAACGCCAUCAUCUCCUGCCAGCACCUCAUGCGCGGCAACUCCUUCGCCGAAGGCGACGUCGUCGUCGUCGCCAUCCGCCUCGUCUCCGACCUACUCGCCCACCCGGACCGGCACCCGCUGCCUCCUCCCCUCGCCUUCCCCGACGCCCCCCUCGCGCGCCUGGCUGCCGGUCUCCUCGCUGAGGCGCGGCGGGUGCACGACGCGUUGCUGCCUGGCGAUGGCGGCGCCGCGGACGAGGCGGCGUUUAAUGCGAAGGUCUUGCCGCUGUGCGAGGGCGUGGCGCGGGCGAUUGGGUGCGCGAGCGCGCACGAUGCGGCGAGGCGGGCGGGGGUGGCGGGGGAUGUGCUGGAUGUGUUUGAGGCGGGGUGCGUGCGCGGGGAGUGGGAGAGCUGGUUUGUCGAGGAGAUGGGGUGGGGGAGGGGGGAGGUGGCGGAGAGGGAGGAGAGGGCGUUGGGGAGGCUGUAUGGGCGGUUGGACGAGCUGGUGGAGGGGUUGGGCGUCGGGGCGUAUGCGCGCGUGCCGUUGAUGACGGAGGGAGCGUGGGAGGGGUUUGUGCGCGGGUUGCCGAGGUUUGAGAGGGGGGGUUGA